AUGGGCGGCCUCAGCGCCUCGGACGCCUUCUGGGCGCACCUGCGCACGCUGUGCCUGGACGAGUUUCCCUGCGGGGCGGGCAGCUGGAAUAAGUCCCGUUUCCCGCAACAGAAAGCCAAACCCCGCUGCCGUUCUGGGCUGCAACGGGCAAGCGCAGUGCUUCAUGAGGAGCUCAUCCCUCCCACGGAAGAAACCGCAGAGACGCUGACCGAGUUUUUGAAGAGCCUGCGCUCGCCCUGGGCGCUGCCUCCUGACUGCAGCCCUGAGGACCAGCAGCUCAGGGAGCUGGCUGUGCAGGACCCGCAGGUCAUCCAAGACAGCUUCAUCUUCUCCUACUUCAAAUCGCUCCGGAUCGUGAAUAAAGGCGUGACUGAAAUUGAUGCCGAUUUAUUAAGAUUUCCCAACCUAGAAGAGCUCAUUCUCAGUGCCAAUCAUAUCUGCAAAAUCAACUCCGCCAACCUCCCUCCAACGCUGAAAGUGUUGGAACUUUGUGGCAAUGAGGUGGACAGCUUGAAGGACCUGUGUGCUUCCCCCCCUCCAGAGCUCCAGCAUUUGGGCCUUGGUCAUAACUGCCAUCUGGGCUCAUCCCAGGAAGACUUCCUCACAGAUGCCUUCUGGCCAAACCUCGUCUCCCUUGACUUGAGUUAUAACAAUUUUACCGACUUACUCUGCCUCCUCUCCAAACUCUGGACACUGAAGAAGCUUCGCGUCCUCGUACUGCAGGGCAACCCUCUCGCUCUGAUGCCCGGCUACCGCGGCUUUACCCUAGACAGCCUGCCAAAACUCUGUGCCCUGGAUGACGGCAACAUCACCCCCGAUGAAAGGCAUUGGUUCUUGGGCCUCUCUGGCAAUCCAGAGCUGCUGCAGCAGGAAGUUGAAAUGGUUGUCACAGUGGGCAAGAUCCAAGGGGUCCCCAAUCCCGUGAUCUCCGAGGAACUGGAAAGUAGCCUCGAAUCUUCUGUAGUCACCUACAACUACUAUGUGACGUAUGAGUUUGCCAAAGGGGAAGAAAUUGAUGAUGGGGACAACACCAAGAUCCCGGUGUCCCAGAAUCCAACCUCAACUACGCUGAAUGCCCAAAUCCCGCCAGCAGGCCCAGAUGAAGCAGGAAGCAAUGAGGUCGCGCCUCUGGGUGUACCAGAUAAGCUGGAGUUGCCUUCUGAAACGGCAAAUGUUCACUCCACUCUUCGGAAGCCCUGGGCUGAGACCAUUGAGUGUGAAUACAGAAAGGAACACAUCACCAAAGACCUCGUUGCUUUGAAGAGCUAUCUUCUUGCUGGAACUACUGUGGCAAUUGUGGAAGAAAAGAUUGUCUCAUGGCCUGUCAUUGUUUCGCCGGUUGAAACUCCCAGCAAGAAAGGAAAGGGGAAAGUGGAGAAAGGGAAACCAGAAAAGGGGGGAAAGGACAAAGGGAAAGAGGAGAAGGGCAAAGGGGAGAAAGGGAAGCCAAAAGAUGGCGGAAAGGGUAGCGGCAAGAAGAAAAAGAAAUCACCCUCUCCAGAGCUACGAAGUGACCCCCCUAUCCUGAAAAUCCUGGGCUCCGGCCAUGUGAACCUUGAAAGCCUGCUAGCAGGAGAGUCACUGGUGGCAACCGUGUGCGACUUUGGCGUUCUGAUCACAGAGCUGAGACCGCAACUCUCAGCCGUGAAAGAGAAGGAUGGUAAAAAGGGCAAAAAUAAAGAUAAAAAAAACAAAUCUGGACCCGAGAGUGCAGCGACACAGAAAACCACCCCACCUGCCAAAGGUAAUGGAAGAAAACAGGACUCUCCUAGAAUGACGGAGGUUCAAAUAACCCAGCCAGUGCCUCUAACGGUAGAAUUCCAAAUUCAGCACCUUAAGUGGAAGUCGGCAUCAGAAAUCUUAAUAAAACCCAAAGUAUCUACAUAG